AUGCCUUCUACUACAACUCGUACAAUGAUAUCUUCUACUGAUAGAUCUGACAUAUAUUCCAUGCGUUUUGCGCCUGCUCCUUAUAUUCCGACAAAUUAUAAUGAUAUUUCUCCGUAUAAGAAAAGUGUUGAAGAUGUAUCUGAACAAACACGUUAUAUAUUAGAAGAAUUUAUAAUUGAACGUGCUGUCGAAGAUGGUGUGGAUAUAAGUUUAGUCAGACCAAUCAUCGAUGUUGAUCUUUCUGCACUUCCGCAAUAUCGACAAAUUCAACAAAUCGCUCAACGACUACGUAUGAUCGGAGAUGAACUCGAUGCUGAUCAACGUAUUAAAAAUAUGGUCGAUCAAGUGCCUAUCGAUAGUCCAUAUGAAACAUUCAGUGAUGUAGCGAAAGAGUUAUUCUGUGAUGGAGUUUAUAACUGGGGAAGAAUUGUAACAUUAUUUUAUUUCACUUAUAAAUUAAUUAUGAAGUCGCUGAAAGAUCAAACAUCAUCCAUUUUCAAUGUAUUAAUCGAAUGGACUGUACGAUUCGUAAAAGAAAUUGUUGCUCCUUGGAUUGUUCGCAAGGGUGGCUGGUUGGUCAUCUUACGCGAUGCUGUGCCUCAAUCACGUUUAACUACGAUCGGUGCUUUUCUCAGUGGCAUGGUUGCUACGUUUAUGGUCUUCUAUUACUUUCGACGUACUUGA